CCCAUCACUGUAUACAAGAUGGCGGCGCCCGGGUGUCCCGCAGUGACGAAGAUCGGCAUGCAGUGUCCGAGAUUGCCCUGGGGACGCGGAUAAACGUUUGUCGUCCGACGGUCUCCAACCUCCCUACCGUCAACACACACCCACCACUAAUUUUCCCACGUGUGUGUGUGUACUUCGCCUGGUGCGAUAAAGGCCUCGGGUGUCGUGUCAGUGUCUCCGAGAGUCCCCCGACGUACUCAUUCCCCCGUGAAAUAACAAACAAAAAUAGUGAUUAUUUCUUUAUCACCGCCCGCGAAAGUGUUCCACCACGUCGACUAAAAUCCUCAACGAAUAAAAAUUCCCAAACAACUGACUAAAAUGUGAUGAUCGUGGGGCGACGAGGGGGGCCCUCGGGAAGAGGCCGUCGUGAGUUGUGCCCAGGGUUGGCAAAAGACCCGAGAGAGAUAGAGUAAUUGAGACCGGAGAGUGGUGGAGGCAGGAGCGUGCGGCGGGUGGAGUGAAUUACUCGGUGCCUCAACCACGAGGAAGACAAGCUGAGUUGGACGGGAGUGUUCGCCAGGCUCACGUCAUCGUCGAGACCUCAAUUCAUAUCACGACGACUAAGACGACAACUAAUUGAUCAGCCCGAGUGCGAGGAGAGUUUUUCAAGUUAAAAAUUUGUAUAAAAAAACAAAGGAAAUCCACCGAGUGCAAAACAAUUACAAACAAAUAAGUGAAUAAUACGAAGAUGGAGUCGAGGGAGCGUUACGACGAAUUGUGCAGGCUGUGUGCCUCCUACGACGCUGUAAAAAUGGAUAUAUUCGGACAGGAGGGCAAGAAUCGUCAGCUAGUCGACAAGAUCCAGACGUGUCUUCCCUUCAAGAUCGCUGAGGACGAUCGACUGCCAAAGUGUUUGUGCUACAGAUGUAUGUACAAUCUUGAGAAUUUCUACGACUUCAGAACAGCCUGUGUUAAUGCUGUUGCUGUAUUGGAGAGAUCUCUACCACCGAGUGAUUCGAAAAAUGGAGAGGCGCAAAACGACACAGAGAAGCACUUGGAAUUGCGUUCGGAGUUACUCAAAGAGAAGGAGAAAAUGCCAAUUUUGAUCCCAGAGGCGCCAAUAGUGAAUCCAAAUGCAGCCCUGGGCACUCCGCCUCGAUUAAACUCGGAUGGCGAGGCAGAUCCCGAGAUUGAAGAAGUGAUGGACCAAAGUGGAACAGACGAAGGAAUGGACGACGCAGAGGACCGAAAAUCCGACGAGUACGAGAUGGACAUGGAGACGAACCCCAGUGACUUUCUGGAGAUGCCCCCAAUGGUGACUGACGACGCUGAGGACCCCCACAAUCAGCACAUACCCACCCCAGCACCCUUCCAACACACCUCAGAGCAGCACGAAGUAUACGUAUGCUCCCUCUGCAACAAGGCAUUCAGCUCCAAGGGUCACUUGUCCCUCCACGCUCGAAUUCACGUGGGUGCAGGCGACGUAAUAGGCGAGAAAGUCAUAACCGACGAUCACACAUCAUACAAACGUCCAUACCAGUGUGAUUUGUGCAACAAAUCUUACUCAACAGCUAAACACAGGUGGGGGCACGUGUCGACAACUCAUCGAGGCCAUCCAGCAGUCACUUGCAGAUACUGUUCACGAAUAUAUUCAACAAGAACAAAUCUCGAGGAGCACAUAAAGUCGAGACACACUGGUCUCCCCCCACCACCGGAGAUGCCUGUGCCCUAUGUCCAACAGGACACUAGAUAUCAGUGCAAAACCUGUCCAAAAAUGUACACAAAUGUCACAGAUUUGAACAAACACAGUAGAGUGUGCCUGGGUGAUCGUCAGAGUGAACCCAGUCGAGUGCCUGUUCAGCCCAAGGGCAGAUGUCUGAUGGACACGUCAGACAUGUCGAGUUUAGAGUCCGACGAGGAGAACAGGGAGUACCGAAAUGCUGAGGCAAAACUCUCAAAAAAUCCCCAGUUAACAAUUCUCAAGCAAGCCUUGACGAGAACAGAGGGCCUGAAACGAGACGAGAAGACCUCCCCCUACAAAUCUCUGAAAUCCACGAAAAAUGGCAAUGAACAGGAGACGAAAAAAUGGUACUGUGAAUUUUGUCCUCAGAAUUUCACCUCAGUGGAUGCCCUCAAGGAUCACGAGACAACUCACGACUCUGAUAAACCUUACAUCUGCAUUUUGUGCGAAAAAGAUUUUGUCCUAAAGUCGUCUCUCAGUCGUCACAUCGUUGCGUCUCAUGGAGUUGAUCCAGUGCCAAUAAUCGACAGUGAUACUUGUCUAAAGAAGAAUGUACUAGCUAAAUCAAGGAUUGAUGAGUUGAAACGUGAGCCGUCCGCCUCGCCAUUCUCACCAGAGCCUAGGAUAGGUAAUGAUGACGAUGAUCCCGAGAGUAGAGACGACAAUAUGAUUGAAAUUGAGACUGUAUUUGUGUGUGAAAUAUGCACCAGGGACUUUAACGAUCGUGCAUCACUCUGGCUGCACAUUCGAGCAACUCACAAAGAAUUUGCUGCAUUUGCCUGUGGUGUUUGUUUGAAAAUAUGCUCGGAUAAUGAGCAAUUGUUGAGUCACGUUAACAUGUACCAUGGGGGAUCUAAGCUACUGGUGUCUGAGCAGAGAAGGUACAGUUGUACGAUAUGUGGACGUCAGCAUGACUCCAGAAAGAAACUAAUGACCCACGUGUCGAUUCAUAAUAUCGAUCCCACGUACGACCCAGCGAGUUUCGUUCAACUGAACAGCAAUUACUACAACGAAAGUUUGAAUAACGAGCAAGAGGGUGAUUUUGACGCUGAGGACGGGGAGAAGGUCAACUGCUACGUCUGCAGAAAGUCAUUUCCCAAUGAGGACCACUUGAUUCGCCACCAGAGGAAUGCCCACAAGAGCGAGCAGAGCGGUGAACCCUCGGCAAAUGGAGGAUUAAAUUCAAAUGGUAACAAGGCGCAGUACCACUUGUUCUUCGUCUGCGAGCUCUGCAACAGCUCUCAUCCAUCGAAGUGGGAGCGAUGGCUGCACGUGAGCAGUGUUCACGGUGAGGAAACCUCCAUCAGGUGUGAGAGAUCAGACUGUGCCAAGAUAUUUGCGACUAAAUCACUGAAGAAUGAGCAUCUGCAGCACCACUUGCUGCAGGGCUCGUCCCCCAAUACCUGCGAAAUAUGUGGGAAAUUGUGGGGCAGCAGAGUGGACUACUGGAAGCACGUGAUGGGUGUCCAUGCCGACACUGUUCCCCUCAUCUGUGGAGUAUGCUUGAAGGUAUUCCCAGACGUCGUUCAGCUGAGCAGUCACGUAAAGUCGAAUCACUGGCCACUGACGAAUGGCGACUUCAGUUGUGACAUCUGUGGACGUCCUUAUUCCAACAAAUCGAAGAUGUCGAGGCACAGAAAAAUACAUGGGAUUGAUAACGACGGGGUGAACAAUGGCAUCAACGAAUCGAUGAACGACACUGUUAAUUCAGAGCACAGCCCGCCUGAGGUGGACCUCAGCUGUGAAAUGUGCGCUGAUUUGAGUUUUUCGUCGUGGGAGGAUUUGUGCAAUCAUCGUCGAUUGAUUCAUGCACUUUUCCCCUGUGAUCUGUGUAACAAGUGCUAUGGGAGGACUUCACACCUGUGGAAACACGUGAAUAGAGUUCACAAGGGGCACAAAGACGUGACUUGUUCUUACUGCAUGAAAACUAGUGCUUCCAAGGAUCAUUUAGCAGCGCACAUUGCUAAAAUUCAUCGUUACGAGCCGGAAACCAAGGAGUGCAAGGACACUGGCAGUUAUCAAUCACCAAGUGCUGAGGAGGAUGUCAUUCAUCACUGCGAGAAGUGUAAUAAAGGCUUCCACAAGAGGUAUCUCUUAAGACGUCACAUGAAAGGCUGUCAGAAUUAUCGUAAAGAUCCUGGGGCAUUGCUGACACGAUGCAGAGCAUGCGAGAGAAUCUUCAAGGAUCGUGCAAGCUUGCAAAAACAUAUCGAAAAUCAUCACAGUAGUUAUACUUGUCACUUGUGUGACGAAACAAUCACAUCGAAAUUGGGAAUUAUGACUCACAAUAGGAUUAAUCACAUGAAUCAUCCUGAUUUGACUUGUAGCAGUUGUAAGAAGCUUUUUAGAACGCGAGAGGACCUGGAGUCACAUAAGAAGGACCACAAAUAUCACAAUUCACCGAAUGUCUGUGAUUUCUGUGGUGACACUGUUGAGAAUAAAUUGAAAUUGAAAAUGCACAUUCUGUCACUUCACAGAAAUGAAAUUGGGGUUUCUUGUGGGGUGUGUUUGAUCCCUAUGAAGGACCCGAAGGAUUUGAAGAAGCACGUGGAGGACGUGCAUGGCAGUAUACUCCUGAAGCCAAAUACCUGCCAGGUAUGUGGGAAACAGUACGCCUCGAAGUGGAAGGCAUUCGAUCACACGAAGAAGUGUCAUGGAAAGGUCUUCAGAACGUGCAAACAAUGUUUAGCAGUAUUUACCACUGAUUCUGAAAUCAAACAUCACUAUGAGCACGUCCACAACGUCCCUAAGGAUCAAUUAUCAGGCUUUGAGAAUCACGUGGACGUAGCUAGUAAGCCAGAGGAUCCAGUGGCUGUUAAGGACGAGCCGGAAGAUGUCGACGAAGAGGACAACUACGAGGAAAGCCCCCAGGUGUCGGAAAAACGCAAGCGAUCUGACACCUUCGACUGUGAAAUCUGUCCAGAGAUAUUUCUCAAUGAUGAAACACUGUCAGAGCACUACAAAAACGUUCACAACAAGGAUCCCGAGAGAAUGUUCAAGAAGAUGAAGACAAGCACAAAGAAGAGGAUGAGAGCUAGAGAGAAUUUUGAGUGUAAAAAUUGCACCAAACAGUUCAGUACAAAAACACUAUACUGGAAUCACAUUGACACCUGCACUAGGAGGAGUUCGAGGGACGAUUCAAGGCCUGGUUCUACCUCAAUCCUGGAGACACAUCUAAAGAAUAAUAAUCAGAUUAAGAAGGAGCCACAGGAGGCAGGGAUGAAUGAAUCAAACCUCAACAUUCCAGACUUCAAUCUCUUCGAGGAUAUAAAUCUCCAGUUAUCAGCGCAGAAGCCAAUUCCAAAUCUGAUGCCCCUGUCCCAAGUGAAGAUGGCACAGAGCUUGAAGUGCUACAGAAAGGACUCGAGAAAGGUGUACGACGAGUCGACGAAUACAGUGUGUGCCUGUGAGGUUUGUGGCAAGCAGUGGCCAGCGAAGAAGCAUCUGUGGCAGCAUUUGAUAAGAUUUCAUCGAGCUGAGGCUGCUGUCACUUGCGGUGUCUGCUUGAAACUUUGCGCCACUUACAAAGAUCUGUCGCAACACCUCAAGGACGCCCACGAGGCCAUUCUCACCUGCGAGGGGAAUAACUUCACCUGCAAAACGUGUGGGAGGUACCACAAUGCGAGGAGCAAACUCUUGUUGCACAUGAGCAUUCAUAUUAAUAAUAAUGAGCACGUCUGGUGUUCAAGGUGUGCCACGAGCUUCGAGACGCAGGAGAAAUUGGAUCAACAUGCUGAUAAGUGUCUUGUCAAGAGAAGAGAGGCUGAGUCCGAGGAUCACAGUAUCGAUAACGACGACGACAUGAUGAAGCAUGAGAAUGAAGAGGAUAAGGGGAGCUUGAUUGGAGAUGGGGCCUCGCUCAUGGAGGAAGUGGAGGAGGACGUUGAUUUUGAUUCUGAACAGGAGGGAAGUGAUAAUGGGGAGAACACGGAGCAUUCUGAGGACUCUGAGGAUAGCAGUGACUCUGGGAGUGAUGAGGAUAAUGACGAGCAGGAGGAGAACGAGUCGAGGGCGAAUAGCAGAGUCACUGGGGACGUCAGUGAGUCCGAGGAGGAGGAUGGAGAUUCAGAUACACCUGAGGCAGUUUCUGAAGUACCUGAGGAGAGAGUACCUAUGAAAGAUAAUGAAUCGAGUGUUGUACCUGAGGAGAGCGAACAAAGGGAGGUGGAGAAAGCGUCAAAGCCUUUGAAAUCUGGUAAAGGGGUCAAGGGGAAGCCCGAGGGCAAGUCUAGAGAGGACUCUGAUGAUGAGGGGCCACCGAUAUUGAGCCCCAUGAUGCCACUACCAGCUGGGAACCAGCGUGGUGUUGCUGAACGUCCUGAGGAGGAGAACUCUGAGAAGAUGAGGCCAGAGGGGUCACCGAGUGUCAAGGAAGAGGGGGAGGAGGACGAAAUUCCAGAGCUGGAUGGAAUUGAGAGUGGUGAAAAGGAGGGUCUGUCUCCACACUCUAAUGGGGAUUAUGAUGAGUACUCCUCGACUGUUAAAUCAGCGAGUGCAGUGGCAUCUGCUGAGGAGGACUCUAAUGAGGAGAUGGACGAUGAUGACAGUCGGCUGCAGAUCGAUCAGACUGGUGAGUCCAAUUCCCAGGGGUCUGAGGCGGAGGAGGAGGAGGAGGGGAUGGCUGUGGCUGAUGAGGAGGAUGAGGGGGAUGACGAGGAGGGAGGUGAGGUACAGAUGGAGGGACUCGAUGGAACUGUCCUCGUGGUUGCCAAUGAUGCUGAUGGCAAUCAGAUAUUGAUUCGACGGAGUGUCUCGGAAAUGGGGGAUGAUGAGGAUGAUGAGUCCAUGGGGGAAGUGGAAGGAUUUAUUUAUCAGGAAGAGAAUGAGAAUGAGAAUGAAAAUGAGAAUGAAAAUGAAAAUGAGAAUGAACAUGAGAGUGAUGAUGACAACGAGAAUGAGAAUGAAAUCCAGGAACAUGAUGUGGACGAGAAUGAUGAGGAGGGCUACAACAACGAAGUUGAUAAUGAUGUUGAGGAGGAAGUGGAGGAGAUGGAGGUGGAGGAGGGCGACAAGACUGGUGAGGAGGGGGACGACACUGAUGACAAUUCAAGUGCCAAAAACAAUGUGUCAAGGACGUAGUUCCAGUGAUUAUUUCACACUUUGGUUUAUUUACGUGUGAGAAAUGAUAGCACGUGAUUUUCAGGCCCUUUUCAAAGACUUUUUUUUACGAUUGUUGUAUUCGAGUAGGUUAAGAAUGUACAGUAGGGAUUUUUAAGGUUUAAGGAGGAGGAAGAUGGGGUGGAGAUGAGGAUUUGAUUUACGAAGGGGAUGAGGAGGGAGUGGGAACAUAAGAUUGUAUGUUCGAUUUUCUUGGAGUCACUUGGGCAUUGCUAUUUCAGCCCAAAGACACUUUGCGAAGAGGAAAAUUGUUUGAAUCAUUGAUUGAUUGAUUGCGUUGUGCUGGUGUAAUGAAUGCUAUGUAAAAUUAUCGUUCGUCUUUUUUUCUGGACAGCACACGUUUUGUGACAGUCGAUGUUUGAUUUUUCUUUUCUUUUUAUUUAUUACACCUCAUUCAUUCCAAAGUAACGUUAGGCCUUGGGCUAUUAACACAUGUUAUUUUUAGGGUAUUUGAUGAAAUAUAUGUGAGCUUAAUCGAUGAUUUUUUUUUUAGACUAAUUUGUUUUUCCUUCAUGAGCUCUCGAUUCUCGUUCUGGGAUGAUUGAGAUUGAAAUACGAAAUCGUUUGUAAAUACUGUAGCAUAAUGCUGAGGAUUAAAAUUAGAGUAAAGACUAAUCGACGAAAAACGAAGAAAAUCAUUUCCAUUUUACAUGAUACGUGAAUUGACAAAUGAUCGGUAAAUUUACAUACUUUAUCGUUGAUAGAAUUGGAUAACUGAGUAAUGAGUCACUUUAUAUUUCUGCCAAUUCAGACUAUUCAUUAGGAGUUUAAGGAGUAGUGGUAAGAGUGAAACUUUGGAAAAUUCAAGGGAAGAAAACAAAAUUGUAUAUUGUGAUAAGCGAUUCGCUGCGCCAUGUAUAAACAAAUACUAUAUAUUUACUAAAUGAUAGUUUGAGGAUACAAAAUUCAGGGUGAUGAUUGAUGUAUAUACAGAACAAAGAAACAUGGAAAUACGAAUUUCAGAAAUAAACAAGUGGUAUUUAAAAUUUA